GCAGCCGCGGUUGACAUUCGUGUGUCGUCUCCCGUUUCCAUCCCGCCACGACGAAGAGACCAACCGACGACUCACCUCCCGGCACGUCGUCGUCCCAUCACUAACUCGAUCGAUCAUCAGUGCGUGGGGCGUGGGCGUGGCAGCCACCAACUCCACCAUCGUCCGUCCAAGACAGGUCCCCCCUCGUCGUCGGAUCGGAUUAUUCAUUCAUUCCUAGGCCUCUCGUCCUUAACUCGAGAGCCACAGCUCUGCAAGCUUCUCCGAUCGAUCUGCACUUGUGCAGACACACAGGCCGCGAAGAAGAGUACGUAGCGGAUACAUGCAUUCCAUCUGUUGAUGAGCCAAGCCUCGUCUGCCUGCUGACACGUACUGCACCCGUUAGCGCGUACUGAGGGCUGAGGGGUGCAUCGUGUCGUGAAUGACAUGACUAGCACCAUUGGCGGCAUCAUGGAGGACGUCAGGAUCGGGAGCUUCGACUUGGACGCCGUCGCCGCGUACCCGACGACGCUGCCCAGCCCCAGGAUGGUCGCCGCAGCUGGACGAGACCUCCAACUCAUCCAUUCGCCGCGCCAGCCGUCGUCGGGGUUCAGCAAGAGCCUCAACCCGAUCUACACCGACGACCACGACACCACGACGGCGGCAACAACAACGAAUUCGUCACCAUCAUCCGCCGAAGGCGCGCACGCUGCGACGGCGGGAGCCGCACGGGACUGCCCGCCGCCAAAGCCGACGGCCCCUGUGCCCGCCGCGCGGCGCCACACCGGCGGGGACGGGCGCUGGGAGGCCAUCCGCGCGGCCGAGCCCCCGCUCAGCCUGGGCCACUUCCGCCUCCUACGGCGCCUGGGCUACGGCGACAUCGGCAGCGUCUACCUGGUCGAGCUCCGCGGCGGCGGCGGCGCGCUCUUCGCCAUGAAGGUGAUGGACAAGGGCACCCUGGCGGGCCGCAACAAGCUGGCCCGCGCGGAGACGGAGCGGGAGAUCCUGGGCCUGCUGGACCACCCGUUCCUGCCCACGCUCUACUCCCACUUCCAGACCCACAAGUUCUGCUGCCUCCUCAUGGAGUACUGCUGCGGCGGCAACCUCCACUCCCUCCGCCAGCGGCAGCCCGGCAAGCGCUUCGCCGAGGACGCCGCCAGGUUCUACGCCUGCGAGGUGCUGCUUGCGCUCGAGUACCUGCACAUGCUCGGCGUCGUGUACCGGGACCUCAAGCCCGAGAACGUGCUCGUCAGGGAGGAAGGACACAUCAUGCUCUCCGACUUCGACCUCUCGCUCCGCUGCUCCGUCAGCCCGGCGCUUGUCCGCUCCCCGUCCGGCCGUGUCAGCGCCGGCGGCGGCCUCGGUCUCGCCCACGGCUGCAUGCUCCCGGGCAUCCUCCCGGGCAAGAAGAAGAACAACAAGAAGAAGAACAAGCUGGACGACGACGAGACGGUGGCUAUAGCUAGCGUCGUCGGCUGCAAGAAGAAGCCGUCGUCGCUGGAGUUCACGGCCGAGCCGACGAGCGCGCGGUCCAUGUCGUUCGUGGGCACCCACGAGUACCUGGCGCCGGAGAUCAUCCGCGGCGACGGCCACGGCAGCGCCGUCGACUGGUGGACCUUCGGCAUCUUCCUCUACGAGCUCCUGCACGGCGCCACGCCCUUCAAGGGCUCCGGGAACCGCGCCACGCUCUUCAACGUCGUCGCGCAGCCGCUCAGGUUCCCCGACGCGCCGGCGGUCAGCGCCGCGGCCAGGGACCUCAUCCGGGGCCUGCUGGCCAAGGAGCCGCACAACCGGCUCGCGUCCCGCCGCGGCGCGGCCGAGGUGAAGCAGCACCCUUUCUUCGAAGGCGUCAACUGGGCACUCGUCAGGAGCGCCCAGCCGCCCUACAUCCCCGACGCCGCCGCCGUUGAUCACUGCUCGUCCCAAUUCGCCUUCAGCGACGGAGCGGCGGCGGCGCAAGGUGGUGGCACGCCCAAGAGCGACGCACGGAAAACCGGAUCGCGUCACACUGAUUCUGAUUCGUCGCAUGCUGAUUUUGAGUACUUUUAGGAUUUGAUUUGAGAUCGAUCUCCAUUA